AACGAAGGUCCAACUAUUUCGGCAAACAAGUUUCAGAGCGACACAGAGUCGUAGCCAUUUGCCGAAGAACCAAAAGCUCUGGCUUUCCCGGACUUCCGUCACCGUCUAUUCUCCCGGUUUUGUCUUCCAGUAAUAUGAGGAUGGACCUUGAGAGUUGCAUGGGAUUAAAUGACCCACGACAGAUGCUUCCACCUCCACCUGGAUCUUUUGUGGAUCGUGACGAACUCAUUCAACAUGUUGGGGACUUUGCUGUGUCACAGGGUUAUGUUGUAACUAUCAAGCAGUCUAAGAGGGAUAGAGUAGUUAUCCUUGGUUGUGACAGAGGAGGUGUUUACCGUAAUAGGCAGAAACAGGUUGAUGAGUCCUGUAGUGAACAGAACAAAAGGAGAAAAGCAGGAUCUCGGCUGACAAAUUGUCCUUUUGAAGCUGUGGGGAAAAAGGGUGAUGGCUUGUGGGUACUUACUGUAAAAAAUGGAACCCACAACCAUGAACCCAUGAAGGAUAUUUCUGAACAUCCCUCUGCUCGUCGUUUCAACGAGAGAGAAGUUUUGAUGAUUAAAGAGAUGACAGAAUCUGGUUUAAAACCUCGCCAAAUUCUAAAGAGAUUAAGACAAAGCAAUCCAGAUCUUUUAUCAACUCCGAAGCAUGUUUAUAAUGUUAAAGCAAAGCUUCGCCAAGGAAACACUGGAGUUAGAAACUUCAAGUCUUUGAGUCCACAGAAAUCAUUGGGAAGGAACGAUUACUCUGUGGUCAUCGAGCCAUCUUGGAGGCAGCGCAACCCCCCGAGAGUUCCCAAUCUCAUUGGAGGUAGAUUUGUUGAUUCACAGUCAUUUGCCUCCAUUGAUGUUUUAAACCCUGCAACACAGCAAGUUGCUUCUCAAGUACCUUUAACAACAAAUGAGGAGUUCAAAGCUGCAGUAUUUUCAGCAAAACGUGCCUUUCCAUUGUGGCGAUGUACACCUAUUACUACUCGUCAGCGUAUUAUGUUCAAGUUCCAAGAGCUUAUACGCAGAGACAUUGAUAAGAUUGCUAUGACCAUUACAAGUGAACAUGGCAAAGCAUUGAAGGAUGCAUAUGAUGAUGUCUCACGUGGGCUAGAGGUGGUCGAACAUGCUUGUGGACUUGCAACUCUGCAGAUGGGAGAUUUUAUUUCCAAUGUAUCAAAUGGAAUUGAUAGCUACAGCAUUAGGGAGCCACUUGGUGUUUGUGCUGGGAUUUGCCCUUUUGAUUUUCCAGCCAUGAUUCCCUUAUGGAUGUUCACUACUGCAGUGACAUGUGGUAAUUCAUUUAUUCUAAAGCCAUCAGAGAUGGAUCCAGGUGCAUCUGUGAUGCUUGCAGAGUUGGCAAUGGAGGCUGGCUUGCCAAGUGGCGUGUUAAAUAUUGUUCAUGGCACUAAUGAAACUUUUGAUGCUAUUUGUGAUGAUGAUGACAUUAAAGCUAUCUCAUUUGUUGGAACAAAAGCAGCAGGUGCUUACAUUUAUUCCCGAGCAUCGGCUAAGGGGAAACGUAUUCAGUCCAAUGUUGGAGCGAAAAAUCAUGCUAUUGUCAUGCCUGAUGCAAGCAUCGACACUACUCUGAAUGCUCUAGUUGCUGCUGGCUUUGGUGCUGCAGGACAAAGCUGCACAGCACUUACAACAGUUGUUUUCAUUGGAGGCAUACAUCUAUGGGAAGACAAACUUGUAGAGCGUGCCAAAGCACUCAAGGUUGAUGCCGGAUCACAAGCAGAUGUAGACAUUGGUCCAGUGAUUAGCAAGCAGGUAAAGGAACAGAUAUGCAGAUUGAUUCAAACAGGUGUUGAAAGUGGUGCAAAACUGGUGCUUGAUGGUAGAAAUAUCUUGGUUCCUGGAUUUGAGCAUGGCAACUUCAUUGGUCCCACCAUCUUAUCCGAUGUCACAGCAGAGAUGGAGUGUUAUAAGGAAGAAAUCUUUGGCCCAGUUCUUCUCUGUAUGGAGGCUGACAACAUUGAAGAUGCCAUAAACAUCGUCAACAAAAAUAAAUAUGGCAAUGGAGCUUCUAUCUUUACAACGUCUGGUGUGGCUGCAAGAAAAUUCCAGACUGAGAUUGAAGUGGGCCAGGUUGGCAUAAAUAUUCCCAUCUCAGUUCCAUUGCCCUAUUCCUUGUUUACGAGCUCCCGGCCAUCUUUUGCGGGUGAUCUUAAUUUUGAUGGCAAAGCAGGGAUUCAGUUUUACACCCAGAUGAAGACUGUGACUCAACAAUGGAGGGAUUUACCUGACAGUGAUGGACAAGCCUUGCUAAUGUCAACUUGACAGUGAUUUACUUAAUUUGUUUGUCCAUAUGAAUUGGGGAUAGUUAGUUAAUGCAAACUAUCGUGUUUAAGAAUGAUUAAUUAAUCAAUGUAUAUCUUCAUCCGUUAGUUUUUUUUU